AUAAAUAAUAAAAGCCUACCUCUUCUUCCCAAAUGCUGUUAUCCUCUCUGAUGGACUGCGCGUAUAGCAGUAUCAGAAGCACUUCGUUGUUACGUACUUUUAAACCUGCCUUCACCUCGAAAAAAUCUCACCCUCUUUUCCCUACCACGUUCAAAUUUUCGCAUGAUUCUCAGAAAUUUAAGCCUCUAUUGCUCAUAAAGGCAUUUGGGUUUGGUGAAAAUGGAUCUUUUGAUGCACCCAGCAGGGUUUUCAUGCAAGAGGCUAUUGGAGCUGAAUAUGGUGAAGGUUUUGAGACUUUUAGACAAGAUGGACCUCUAAAAGUUGAUGUGGAUUUUCUGAAUGAGAGAUUGCAGGAUGGUUUUCUGAAACGGAUACGGUAUGCUAUGAAGCCGGAUGAAGCAUAUGGGCUCGUUUUCUCCUGGGACGUGGUGGCCGACACUCAAGCUUUGAAGUUGAAUGCGUGGAAGCAGCUUGCGUCUGAAGAAGGAAAAGAAGUUCCUGAAGAUGGCGAUGUGCAAAGACUGAUGCUUACUGCAGGUGCUGAUCAAGUACUGCAUAAGGUGUUGCUCUGGGCUAAAGAAGAAAGUGAACUGGAUAGAUUGAAGUUAAGGCUUUCACAAUUAUAUUAUGAUAAUCUCCUAAGAGUUAGAGAACCUGUAGAAGGUUUGCAAGAAUGGCUAGAUGCGGUCUCCACAGCUCGCAUCCCUUGUGCUGUUGUUUCAAGUCUUGGCCGGAGAAAAAUGGUUGAAGCCCUUGAAUGGAUGGGACUUUUGAAGUAUUUCCAGGCAAUAGUGUCUGAGGAAGAUGGCAUGGAGUCAAUAGCUCAUAGAUUUCUUUCUGCUGCAGUUAAGCUAGAUAGAAAACCAUCCAAAUGCGUGGUAUUUGAGGACAAUCCUAGAGCGAUUACUGCUGCUCACAACUGCACAAUGAUGGCUGUGGCACUGAUUGGUACUCAUCGCGCGUAUGAUCUAGUCCAGGCUGAUCUUGCUGUUGCCAACUUUAAUGAUCUUUCAGUGAUAAAUCUGAGGAGAUUGUUUGCCAACAAAGGAUCUACUUUCAUGGACAGACAAAAACAAAUUAUAGAGAAAACUCCUCCCAAGAGGAAACUUACUAUUGAUACCCUCUUCUGAUUCAUUUUCAGUCUCUUGUCUCUCUUUUACCACUUAAUCCCAUUGCUGAUUGUAAAAGAAUCGAAUGUAUUCCUUUCUAAUUGUGUUAUAUAAUUCAGUUUAGAACUAUUCUUUA